AUGGAAUCGAAGAUUGAGGAUAUUGUAAACAUGUGUGCGCCUUGCCAAGCUACACGUCACGAGAGUGCUCAUGCGCCAGUUCAUUGGUGGGAAACAACGAAAAAUCCAUGGUCACGCCUCCAUGUUGAUUUUGCUGGCCCGUUUCAAGGUAAGAUUUUCUUCAUCGUUGUAGAUUCGUUCUCGAAGUGGCUUGAAGUUUUCUUGGUCAAGUCAACCUCAUCGCAAUCGGCUAUCAAACCCCUUCGAUCACUCUUCGCAACUCAUGAGCUGCCGGAUGAGAGAGUGUCAGACAACGGGACAGCAUUUACAUCCGAUGAAUUAAAAACAUUUAUGCAGGACAACCUAAAUCGUCACAUUCGCUGUGCCCCAUUUCACCCGUCGUCCAAAGGUCAAGCAGAACGAAUGGCGCAGACAACGAAGGACUUCUUGAAGAAAACACCGGAGUGGCAGGACAUCGACUUAAGGCUGUCACGGUUUCUUUUCAAUCGGCAUAUUACGCCGCACACAUCUACUGGUCGUUCACCUGCAGAGCUUAUGUUUAAGAUACAACUAAAGACAUUUUUCGAUAAAAUUCAUUCGUACGAACUUCCUACGGCAAAGCACGAAAUUGGCAGGGAGAAGUCCUUCAACGAUGGAGACCCAGUGUGGGUGCGAAACUACUCCACAGGACCUAAAUGGGUACCAGCGAAAAUUAAUUCAAGGAAUGGACCCAUAUCAUAUGCAGUUGAGCUGGACGACGAUGAGCGUAUCAUAAAACGGCAUCUAGAUCAGAUAAGAAUUCGACAUGUAGCUGAAGGGGUGAUGACUUAG